CAAUCAAUAUGUUUUCCAAACAACCUUCGUUUUAUAUAGGUACUCGCAUAGAAUCACGAUGAUAACAAAUGGCGUAAUAGAUAUGGCACACUUUUAUCAAGAAACUGAAUGGACCGAAAGGCCAAACAUGACAUACAAGUCGAAAAGCAUUAAAUGCGAUAAGCUUAGGUGCCAUUGUUAGCUAUCCAAAAAUAAUUUGACGCAAAAAAAUCUGACUUGACUGUAUUACUUGUCAUAUCCACUAUCAAAGCAUUAACCUUAGCAUAUCUGGAAAUUAGAAUUAAUUUUAUUGUGACUUCUCUUUCUUAACGAGAUCAAACAAUUAGAAAUUAUUAUUCCUACUAAGAAAGUAAAAAGUUUGUCCCACCCUAACUCUACCUUGUGAUGGUAAUCAAUUGGGAAUCAUCAUCAUAUCAGCUAACAGACGUCCACUGUUAGACAAAGGCGUCCUCCAUUGAUUUCCUCAAAGAACAGCAACUGGGAAUAAUUUUACCUAAAAUGGUAAUUUUUUUCCCAACGCACCAACACAGUAAACAACUAUUGCUAUUUCAAGUUCGGCCAUGCCUUCUCUAUCUAUAGGAGCUUUACCUGAACUAUGCGAAACGCCCUAUGCGCAUUGGGAUUUGCUCGGUGCACUUAGUACUUGCCUUGUGCCUGUGGCAGUGUGUACUGUGUUGACAUCUUUAUAAGAAUUGGGCAAGUUCCUAUCAAAAACCAAAUUCUUUGGAAAAUACUCAUACUUAAAUAGCUAUAUUGCUUUAGAUCAUAUUUAUAUCAGAUUAAUAGAAAACAUGUCGGACUGGGAUUCUGAUUGUGACGAUGACUAUACACAGGUACAACAAAAUAGUGCACCGCAGGGACAAAAAUUCCAAUCCAGAGGAAAUCAUUCUGGCAGAGGGCAAAGAGACGGUCAGUAUUCUAGAAAUUUUACUACAGCACGUGGCAGAGGGUAUCUUCGUGGUAAUAACAAAGUCAUAUCAAUACCCUCAACUAAAGUUGGGCGAGUGAUAGGUCGAGGAGGAUUAAAAAUUCGCGAUUUAGAAUAUGAGAGUGAAGCCAAAAUAAAAAUUGGCAAUUCAGCAGGUGCCAACACAGAUAUCACGCUAUUUGGAACUGAUUCUGCGAUUACAAAAGUUGAACAAAUGAUUAAGGAUCUUACCAUUGAUAAAGAGGCGUCUAAAAAACAGAAUGUACAGUCAGUUUCAGGGACUGCAUCUCAGGAUUGUGCAAGUGCAUGUGUAUUUACAUAUGUGAAUAGUGAAGGGAAUGAAGUUAUAGAUUUGGCUAAAGCAUCUGCUUAUGCCGAUCAAGUACAAAGAGAAAGGUGGGCUGCAUUACCACCUAUUGUCAAAAACUUUUAUAAUGAGGAUCCUACAGUUGCAGCCAUGCCUCCAAAUGAGGUUGCUUAUUGGCGCCUGUGUAACUUUGACAUUAAAGUAACAAGAAUAGGAGAAAACUUGGGAGUUGAAGGAAUACCAAAUCCAGUGUUGACAUUUGAGCAAGCAUUUAAAGAUUAUCCAGAAAUACUGGAUGAAAUACGUAAACAAGGAUUUACAAAACCUUCUCCAAUUCAGAGCCAAGCUUGGCCGGUUUUACUAAAAGGAGAAGACAUGAUUGGUAUUGCACAAACAGGAACUGGCAAAACUUUAGCCUUCUUGUUGCCUGCUUUAAUUCAUAUUGAAGGGCAGCCAACACCUAGAGACAAGAGACCAGGGCCAACUGUACUUGUUCUAGCUCCGACCAGAGAAUUAGCUAUACAAAUUCAGAGAGAAGUCAACAAAUAUCAUUACAAAGGUAUUAAUAGUGUAUGUAUAUAUGGGGGAGUCGAUCGGCAGGAACAAAUUGAUAAUAUUUCAAAGGGGGUGGAUAUUGUAAUUGCAACUCCUGGAAGAUUAAUUGACUUGAUCAAAGCAAAUUAUAUAGAUGCUUCCUACUUCUCAUAUAUUGUAUUAGACGAGGCAGAUCGAAUGCUAGAUAUGGGCUUUGAGCCUCAGAUCCAUAUUUGUUUUUUGAGUGUGAGACCUGAACACCAAUGUGUUAUGACAUCUGCCACCUGGCCCUCUGCUGUUCGCCAGCUAGCUGACAAGUACAUGCACAAUCCUGUAUAUGUAAACGUCGGGUCCCUGGACUUGGCAGCAGUGCACACAGUGACCCAAAAAGUAAGGGUUGUUACGGAAGACGAAAAAGAUACUAUUCUCCUUGACUUUAUACGUAAUAUGGAUCCUACUGAUAAAGUUUUAAUUUUCUGUGCCAAAAAAAGUACAGCUUCUGAUGUUACAGCAGAAUUAGCAUGUAAGGGAUUUUAUUGCGAAUCAUUGCAUGGUGAUAGGGAUCAAAGUGAUCGAGAAGCAGCUCUAGAAGAUAUGAUGGAUGGAACAGUCAACAUUUUAGUUGCCACAGAUGUUGCAUCACGGGGGAUUGAUAUAAAAGACUUAACUCAUGUUAUAAACCUAGACUUUCCACUGAAAAUUGAAGAGUAUGUACACAGAAUUGGGCGAACAGGAAGGGCCGGUAGGACAGGGAUAGCAUUGUCUUUAGUGACAAAAUAUGAUUGGGGAAAUGCCAGUGAAUUGAUAAAAAUUUUGGAAGAAGCACACCAAGAGGUUCCUAAUGAGUUGAGAGAAAUGGCUGCCCGUUUUAAAGCCAACAAGUCCACAAGGCAACAUGGAAGAGGAGGUCGUGGGAGAGGAAGAAGACCACGUUGGUAGAUUUUAAUAGUAUGUUUAAGAUUUACUAGGCACGGCAUAGUUUUAUUUAUUUAUUUUCCUUUUUAUAUUUUUUCUCUUGUUCCAGUAGUAAGUUUAUUUUUUAUUUCUAGAUUUGAAAUUUCUGUCAAAUUGUUUCUGUAAUGGUUUACAGAUUUUUUAGGAAUGAAGUUGGAAGUCUAUUAGAAGAGGUCAUGGCCAUUAUAAUUAUAUACAUAAGAAAUUCCCACCACAUGUUUAAGUAUUCUUAGGCUAAUUUAAAGUUUUAAAAAUCUCAUUUGGGAAGGAUGAUCCAAACAUAAUACAUUUUUGAUCUCUAGUGUAGAUUUUUUAAAUAAAUAUGCUUUGUAUGCUACACUUGUUUUCCUGGUCUAUUUAAAUGUAAGUAUAAAAUUUAUAACUUAUUAUUAUUUACUAAGACUAAACACACCUUCAGUCAGUUUGAGAACAAUAAACUGUUAGAUUUUUACAUAUGUGUGUUUAACUCUUGUAUAUCAAAAUCAUAGAGGAAAUUAACAUACAAGAAUCAUAUUUUCAAGAUUCAAGUGUUUUAAACAUAGCCCUAAGAGUAUGGGUAAAACUUCAGCAUUUCUUUAAUAAACCUUAGAUAGGAUUUAGUAAAUCCUAACAGGUGUUCACAAGUGAAAACUGCUGAAUAAUGUAUUCAAUGUGGACUGUUACUCAAUUAACAAUAACAUUGGAUUUGCUACCAAAUUCAAGUGCAAAUGUAUUAGCCAAAGGAGGAAAUUCUGUAAUUUUAUAGUCUAUACUUAUAAAGAUCUGAAAGUGAUGUAUGAGGAAAAGGAUGAGGAAUUUAUGAAUCAUAUGGUAAAAGUGUUGGACAAAUUUUGUAUGGAAUAUUUAAAUAAUAAACUACUUAAUAAAUAUAUGUAUAAGAAUUA